UUUUUGCCUGCUGCUGAAGAUGGCGACAAUCUCGGUGUACCCACAAAGAGUAGAGCUGGGCGCCCCCGCAAAGGUCCGGUCUCGUCUACCACGGCUUGUCCGAAGCGAUGUCGCGGCCGUCCAAGGAAGGAGGAGACCGCAUCGCAGGCACGCGCGAAAGCGAUGGAGAGGAGGCCCAAGGGGAAUAUGCCAAGUUCUGACCUAUACCGGAGUCGCGUGGUGGCGCAGGAGGGGGAGUUCUCAAAAGGACUCAGUUACGAUGUCUUCUAGUCGAUGUGUGCUAUUUUCUCUUCUUCGAGUUUCACUCUAAUACUCUGCUGCGGAAUGUUAUGGUUGUAGAAGACUCGCGAUGAGUGCUGCUCAAGUGCAGGGGAGCACACAGCAUCACUCGUCUUCUUGUAUUCUUUCCGUACUUCAAAAACUUACUUGCUCCAUCUUCUCUCUGGUAGCCAUUCCAGUAGUACUGGUCUAAAUGUGGAAAAUUAUAAAUGCAGAAAAAGUUCUUUCCGUACUUCAGAAACUUACUUGGUCCAUCUUCUCUCUGGUACUUAUUGGAGUAGUACUGCGCUAAAUGUCGAAAAUUAUAAAUGCAGAAAAAGUCCGCCUUCGCGCAGUUGGCGACCCUGUGCCUUCCGCAUCUCGUCGCGCCUUUUCUGUCGAGACCACAACUUUUGGCAAGCGAGUAGAGAAGUCAAUAGACGACAUCCGACAGGGCCUGCCUACUAGAUAUAAUGGAAGAAAGACGAGCCGGAGCUUCCUAAUCACUGUGCCAAAACGGCGGACAACGUCCGAGCACAGUCGCCUGUCAAUGAGAGCCGCCUUGAACUUCGUUACGGCUCCCUCUUCUCUCAGAUCGAUUCUCCUUCUAUCUUGCGUGCAAAUCAGUUCACUCACGUUCUCGCCCAUUUGCAGCUAUGACGCAACCGCGCAACGCGUCUGCGCACAAUCCGAGCAAUUAGCUUCACCACCAUACGCACUCACUGCGGCGGCUCCACGCUUCUGAUGAGAGUCCAGAACGUGGGGCAAACGCGUCCCAUCCUCGUCAGCAAGUCAAUCUCUAAUACGUCCCUGCAGUUCGCUCCUGACAGCAAGCACGUACCAAAAACAAGCAAAGCAGAACGGGCGUUCGUCGUCAAGGAGAUUCUCGCGAAGGAGCCUCCCAAUGAAGAAUCCGACACGGAUGUUAGUGAUAGGGAUGAGCGAACGCCGUCCAUAGAAGUGCGAAGGCGCGAGCUCGAGAAUCGGGAUCGCCUGCGGCGAUACAGAGACGGCCAAGACGUGUUAUGCUGUUGCGUCCUCCCUCACGUCAGAGCGAAGCUGCUUUAUUUUUUUUUCUUCUCAUUGCCCCCGCUCUCUAAUAUGGACCCCAAGGCGCCGCGGCCACGAUCUCCGGCGGCCAGUACCAGCCCCCGCGACAAGCAACGAGAGCGAGACUCCCAACAUGCCGGGAAAACACUCCAUGACAGGAGGCCUCGGAGGCGUGACAGCCGCAGCGGUUUCCACCGGCCUGGAGAUAGGAACUAAAAGCCCGCGGAUUCCUCUCGUCCAAGGACAGUCCGGAGAUUCCACCCGCAAGGAGGCUCUUCUUGGUGCUGCGUCUGCUAUUGACGACGAAUCAAGCAAGACGAAGAGAACCGCCCGAAAGGCCGUGCCUGCAUCAAUGUCCCCGCACCAAGCGACAAGCAAGAACAAAGCGCAGCCAAAUGCGGAGGACGAUCUCCUCUGUAGCAACGACCCACAAACGAAGAAAAAGCAGGGAGGCUUCUCAGAAGGCUUCAAAGGCAGCCAGUCCAGUAAAUUCCGGGAGGAAGAUCCGAACCGGAAGCGGCGCCCCUGCUUCACAGACGUCUUCAACAGCGGUCUCUCGAGUAUUCCUCCGAUUCCCGAAGACGUGAACAUGACGCUCAGCGGCGUCUCCUCGGGGCACCAGGAGGGUGGCGCGUCUAGCCAUGAUGUCUCCAUGGGCGACCCAUUCGGGUACGACGAAUGUCUCUCCUCGCAUAGUAGUGCUCUGAUUCUUGGUGGCGCAAGUCCUUGCAUCGACCUGGCCAGUAACGCUAGCGAAGCACCCACGCACCUCGACAGCAUCAUCGGCGACGCAGAAGUAAUAAGUGGCGGCAUCCUCCCAAGAGGUCCACGGCAGGUAAUGCAAGACGUUACUCGUGCUGAAAUAUUCGACGAGAUGCGGCAAAUCUUCGAACGCGAACGACCGUGGCCUUUUCCGUGGGACUAUGAUACGCUAAGGCUCACAAACGUAAAGCACCCCCUCAGACAUCGGCUGAAACAAGAGCACACUUUGCCCCAUCUACUUGCGUGCCCUCUCUAAUUUCCGAAAUUCCCAUUUGGAGCACGGUGCUUGGCCGUCGGCUCAUGUCUCUCGAGAAAGAAUUCCACUUAUGGGCGCGCCCUCUGUUCCUUCUUAUCGUUCGUCGCUGCGCCUCCUUCACAUCUUUCAUCAGAUCGAGGCGCAUGAAACGGGAAGAACAGGAGGAGUCGCGCUCGCUAAACUCCUACGUGCCAUGGGAUCCGAAGGAUUAUCCAGGCGAGCCGCACAAUGACCACUUCCACUGGGGGAUCCAGCUGAAUAAAGAAAUCUCCACAGCUUGGAUGCGUGGCGAGUUUCGGUGGUUCUGCAAACAUGUCUUCGACAUCUCUGUCAACGUGCAAGAUCAUGGCGAAUUUGUUAUGGCCACGUGCCUGGAUCUACCGACUAUGUUGGUGCAGUGGAGUCCCGUUCUUCCUCUUCUCUCUAGAUAAGCCUGCCGCGUGACUCCUCCUCAUUCUCCGCCAGCUUCUCAAACUGAUCCAGACGCGUUGUGCAUCCCUAAGAACACGACGACGCUCGAAUACCUCCGAAAUUUCACAGUGAAGAAACCGUUCGACAAGCUCGACCCCGAGCCGCUGUAUCGCGGAAUCGCUCGCCCAUGGGAGGACGCAGUUCCCAAGACGACACCAAUGCAGAAGCAUGCAGCCAUCAUCGAAAAGAUGCGCUCUGGAGCGAAACACCACCUCCAAUUCUAUGAGUACUCCAUACUUUUUCUUUUUGCUUGCUGCACUGUCAGUCUUCCAGUAAAGUCGGGACUCUUAACCCAACUACAUGGCUUCACUAAUGUAGUGCCCGCGGCGGAAUAAAAUGCCCUUCCAUAACUUUCCUCACAGCCUCGUCGUCAUGAUAAGCGCGAUGAAGUUGGAAACCCGGGACCAAGUCAUCAACUGGGCUGCCCAUCUCGAUGACAAGUGGGCCCGUUUUAUCACGAAUUCGCAUAAAGUCAUCGACGCGGCACUGGAACACGCUCGGAAGCAGUUACGGCCCCACGCAUUCGCAUCAAUCAAGACCAUUGGGAACCCCUGGCCGGCAUGGGGUGACACUGCUCACGCACGUCACUAAAUGCCCACAGGUGGCGCCCUCCUCCUCCCUAUCCCAUGACUUGGCUGUCCCCACUGCCACCCACCACAGUGCCUCUCCGCACUUCUUCUAAUCCGAGAAACCUGCACGGACUCGUUUAUCGCCUGGGAGAAAAAGACAGUAUUCGAACGAAUAGCGUGGUAUGCGGAGCAAUCAUGUCCUUCCGGCGGCCCGAAGAAGUGCAUCUUUGGACAGAUGCUCCGACAUGUCUUUAAUUAUGGCAUCUGAAAGACUUAGCGUCACUCUUCAAAAGAAGGGCCGCCAAGGGCGCUCCCUCCAGUCGGCGACAUCGUUAUCCGCAUCUCUAAUAUGUCCAGGAAGCCAACCACCAUUUUAAUCCACGAGCGUUCUUCAAGGCUGUGGCAGCGACUAUCCGCUUCGGAAGUAACAAACGCACGCCGGCUGUCUUACUUUUGGGGCCUACGAGUUCAUUCAAGAGCUUCAUACUCUUAGAGCCUGCGAAGUAUGUCAUGGAGCGUCUUUCCUUGUCCUCCGGUGUGGUCAGAGUCAGUCUGGGAGGGUGUUGCUCUGGAUGGCCUGCACACCGAGGACACGCAUGAAAGAGAGCGCCAACAUUCAUACAAGGAAAAUUCUAGACGGCCGCUGGCACCCAACCCCCUCAGUGGGCGCAAGCAACUGCUUCGUCGGGAUCGAACUUUAUGAAGCAGUGUAUAUCUUUCACAUUCUCCACUCUGUAAACAAGCUACGUCGUCUCCGCAUUUCCAAUCGUGAGGCAAAGAAAUGAGGCCCGCCGUCACUCCUACGCAUCCUCUAACUCCAUACCUUGAUGGGCCUCUGGGACGAGUACCUUAUGGCUAGCUUCCGCAUGGUUUAUAAGUCAACAACAGGCUUCGCCAGCGACUCCACUUCGCCCAGGCCCUCACCACUUGGGUGGUGAUUUGCUUGGGGCACUCUGUAUGUAGGUAGAUUCUAGCGGCUCUGCGUAGAUAUAUCAGCACACUUCUCGGCUUUCUCAAGUCUUUCGGCUAUGAAUGCUCAUCAGACACCCGCUCUAACGUGCGCCUCGGAGAGUUGAUCCAAGCGAGCCGCGGAACCUCCAAGGGCCAUACCCUACAUUAUGGCCAUCGCUGGAAGUCGGCUGCUGAGUCGCACACACUGCGACCCUACGCGGCUUCCAGAAGCGCCCGCCUCUCCCUCUUCUAACUUUUUCAGUGCUUGGCCCUCUGGAACCAGGAGGACUUGAUUAUGGCGGGUUUCUAUGUCUCUGCUCCUCCUCUAUCUUCAUCCGCCUAGCCCUCCUUCAAUUCUGACAUGUGCAAUCCAUUCGGCUGCGAGUCUUUCCCAAGGUGUCCGGCUUUCCUGAUUUUCUAAUUUAGCGGUCUCAGAAAGCCAGGUUUUUGCAAAUGGCAACCGUACAAGGAGACUCAACGGCUACAGUUGUUGUUAUGGCUUUACUUACAUUCUGCCUCACGCAAUCAAGGGGCAUCACUUCAUUUAAAGGAGCUGGCCGCCAUGGUAAGGGUUCGCCUCUCACUUCUCACCUAGACUCUCUCAGUGCACUUCACAUGAUACCCUCCAGCGCACACACAUGGUUGCCGCGCUCCCUCUAAUGACCCAUGGCCGGACCGGUGGAGGAUUUUCUUGCGCAAUGCUCACCAGAAGAGAAGCAGCACCUUUUACUUAUGGUUCCUAGUCCUUCUCUGCAUAUCUUUUCUUUCCCAUCAAUUUUCUAAAACUCUAAUUCUUGGCGGCUGUCGGUCUGGGUAUUACAGCACAAGUUUGCAGACGAGGAACUCAAAUUAUGGCGAACUUAGGCAUGGGCGUGAGCUGAUUCAUUUUCUAUACUGCAGGCGCCGUCUGUAGUCUUGUUCAUCAUUUAUUACCAGGCUGAUCUGGUUGCAGAACGCUUCCUGAGUUACUUUUUCGCGCUAAUGAUUGCCUUUGAGAAAAAAGUCAAGCUCGGACAGAACGCCAUAUGCCUGCCGUGUUGGUGCAGCGCUGUUGUUGCUGCAGCUAACGACGAGAAGAACUGGCUCCUUGAUGGCUAUAAAGGCUGGAACCAGGGGUGGGCGAAGUCAUCAGCUCCAUGGAUGUAA